AUGGUUGGAGAGCAAGGAAAUCGAACGUCCGGGCCUAGGAACACUGCGUCCCGUUCAGUACCAAACAGUUACUGGUGGAAACGAAUUCAUAAUUUGAAUGCACGGUCAGGAGUGCAAGAGGCCAGUGGUGGCCUUAACCGUGCCGAAAAAUUUAGCUCACUUGUGUCAUGUCACCGUGGAUAUGGAUCUGUGGCAUUUUACGCCGUUUUUUCUUUGUUUAUUUUGACAUUCCUGUACGCCAUUUGGAAAAUUGUCAGCGCUCACUCUCGUUCAACAAGGAGGCCUGGUUCUAGUAACUCAACAUCAACCACUAAGCUAGGUCCCACGGCGCAUGCCCUCACGGGCUAUUCCAACGCUUAUCCUUGGAUGACAACAGAAAGCAUAACGGAACAUUUUCACCAAAACGCGAAGGGAUUUCAUCACUUUCAAAACGAGGCUCCACCACAAAGGCCCUCGUCUUCAGUUUAUUUUCCUUCACAAGGUAACGAGCGCGAAAAAAUUACAUCUGUUACCAACAAUGACGAUCCUUUACUUGGAGGAAAUGUUGCACUCAGGAACCUAUCGCCAACUUUGCCAUCUCGAGUGAGGGCGACAAAACACUCAUUUUAUAAUUAUUACCAAGAAUCUUUCAAAAGCAUUCAGCCAGCCUUGAAUUACCCAUUAGGACAAUACCCCGCUGUUUUUAAUCCACUACCACCCAGAGUGCCUUAUCCCAAAGCAUAUUAUCCUUUUUCUCAGCCUCCGAUACCGGAGGGUGUGAUGGAAAAUCAGAAUUAUCCAUUCGAAACCAAGGCUUCUGGCCCAUUUCCAUAUAGCAGCGAUUCCGUCAGAAUAUUCAAUGAUAAGCCGGCCUUUUUGUCAUAUCCUGUGGAAUCUAAUGUCUCCUCCAUAGCCCCCUAUUACUUUCCUUCCAGCAAGAUUUCUAUGCCCAGAAGUUCCUUCAGCAACGGUUAUGGAGAGGGCCCCUUCAUGACUAAUUUUGGUGGAGCAGAAACUACUCCAUCCCCUCUCAUUUCCUUCCUAAAAGGAACUUCUAGCAAAAUCGGUUUAACACCGCAUCAAACAAAUCAUGCAAGAAAUGGGAGGAAGAAGCCUCGAAAAAAAUUUAGAAGACACAAGAAAAGGAAACAGAGCCUUCAUUUCAGAAAACACUCGGAAUACGUAGAAAUUCAGGAUAUAGAAGAGGAAAGCAAUAGGGCUUUGGGAAAAGCUUCUUCAACAAGAUAUCACAAAAUUAAAGGUUACAGGAAAGCGGUAAGACUAAACAAGGAAAGUCAUCGCACACGAAAACUGGAUAAGGGCCGUAAUAAUCGAUUGACGGUUAGAGGGGUGCGUCACAGAUCACAUGUUCUGGCAUCAAGACGAGCGCAAACUUCAUCAAAAACUGAGGUUCACCACACUCAUCAUGGAUUGAAAAAGAGAGCACAACAUAGGAGACGUCAUGACAAAUCAAACCAGUCACUUUAUAGAAGGACUAAUAUUCCAUACCCACAGAUAACUGUGCGAACCGGUCACUUACAGCAUUUGCAUCAUCCCCUCAGAGAGAAGGAUCAUGUGAUUCAUCGUCAUUCAAAAGGUUUAGGCGGCGACCACGUCACACACGAGAGGCAUAAAAAAAUUUUGGAUUUCAAAUUAUAUCAUCGUUACCGAAAACAACAUUCUGUCAAUGACGAAAUUCGAGGUAAAUGGCAUAUUAGCAGGCAUCGUGUUAGAACGUGCAAAGUUAUUGAUACUUUUUCAACUCGAGGAACCGUGAAAAUUACAAGGGUGGUGAGUCACAAUAGGCAAUAUUUUCACACAUUACUCGCGUGUCGACCUGUAAGAUUAAGAACAAGGCAUAGAAACCAUCGGAGGUUUUCCGUCAAAUAUGCUCAGCUGUGUAGUAAAAGGUGGUACGUAACUAAAGGUGUUAUCCACAUUCAGAAAACAGCUCCGAAUGAUAAAGAAAUUCCACGAUAUAACGUGCGUAUUUGUGACCCUUCUUAUGCGCACGCCAUGAAACUACUGCCUGCCAAAGGGAAAGAAACCAGGGUUUGGAGUUUAUCUCAAGAAUUUCUUCGUAAACUUGAGAAAGGGGAUGAGAAAAAGAAAACCUCAAGGUCAAAAGUGACCCGCAAAUCCAACAAAAAACCAAGAAAGUACCACAAAACCAAGAAAGCGGAGAAAAUUGUUCAUCGUCGUGUGCACAAAAAAAGUCACCACCUGAAACUUAAACAUGUCAAACAGCGUAAACUAAAGAAAAGACAUGGAGGACAGAAGAAGAAACAUGACGGGAAAGUGAAGGGCGGUUUAGGAAAGAAAAAGAACAAACCUUCAUCCAAGAAAACCAGAGAACAAAUUGAAAAUCUAGAUAAACCAUUCUACAGAAAGCUUUUACGAGUUCUUAAACUUGCCAGGACGUAUGAGAAGAAAAAGGAUAACAAAACAAAUAACGAUAACGUUUUUGAUUCUCUUGAAGCUGUUCUUACGCAAAAUAGAAAUGUGGACAAAAACCCCAACAAAAGUAACAACUCCACUUCAAUGAUAACUCACGUGAAAGAAAAUAAUGGAACCAAACACAACGAAAGAGACGGAGACUUACCAAGACACCCGAAAAAUGGCCAAAAGGAUGGUAAGUACAACAUUCAAAGGCUGUUGGCGAAAAUACUUCCUUCAGUAGUAGCUAAAAUCAUCAACACUGAUCAUGAUGGCGGCGAAUCAGAAUCCACCAAGGUAAAGAAUAAACCAACAAAAAGCACUGCUACGCCAAAAACGACGACAAAAAAGUCUACACCAACGAAUAAGAUAACUACCCCGACGAAAAAUACGUCAGGUGAAAAAAGCAUGGCAGACAUCAUGAAAAGCAUUCUUCCACUCCUGCUUAAGAAGGCUGGCAAAGACGGAACUAAGCUGAUUCAAGGUUUUAAAUCGAAGCUUAAGGCGAAAAAGCCACCAUUCCCAACAAAACAAACAUCUUCAAAACCCAAGAGGAUAAUGGACAGGACAAGUUUGACGAGUAUUUUAUCAAAUUUAGGUAUAGGAAACUUAGAGUCAAAUAGUCUGAGCAGUGUAAUUCUUGCAAAACCGACGGCCAUGAUUGCGAUACCUCCAUUGAAAUCCAAGCCAAAAUCAACUGCUAUCCCUCCGAAGACUACUGUAAUAACGAAGAUUCCGCUCCAGUCACCAACCACCCAACUAAAACCAACACCACCAGCUGUUACAAUCCAACCUCCUCCUACCCUGAGAGAAAAUUCACAGAUUUCGUUUGCAGGACCUCCAUCCAUUUCUCUUUCAGAACCUUCCUCUGUGCAGUCACCAGAGUCUCUACCAGCAUCCUCUCCGAUAACUUCCUCACCCCAAAGGUCUUUUUCAGAUCCUUACUCGCGAAACAUUUUGUGUUUUGGAGAUAGCUUAACUAAUGGCUUUUUCAACCACGGGCGCAAUUACCACCCCUACAGUCAACGACUCGGUCAACUGCUAAAUUCUGACGGUAGACUGAAGUAUUACGUCAAAACGAGUGGAAAAGUGCGCGAAAUGGCACAUGGCAGCAUGACCAAGCGCUUGCCUCAGGUAUUGGGAAACAGCUCACGAUUUGAUUGGGUGAUUAUUUUGGGUGGAACCAAUGACGUGGCGCAUGUUAAGAACUUUGGAGACGAUGAUUCAUUUAUGACGCAGUUAAUUAACGUGUGGCAGCCACGAAUUGCUCGUGAUAUUGAAAUGCUCCAUGAAACAGCGCAUCGGUACGGUGCUCGAACUCUCCUUUUAACUAUUCCGGAAACGGCUUACGAAGCUUGGCCUAGUUUUAAGACCUUGUGGGUUAUGCGUAAAAGACUGAACGAAGACUUAAGGAAUUAUGCGCGUAGAUCACAAGGAAAUGUAGUGUUGUGCGACUUGGCCGCUAAGCUUCAAAGACAUUCGCUUCCGCCUCAAACCCAGGCUCUUUUGUGGAAUGAUCACCUUCAUCCGACAGCUUAUGGCUACGACAAGAUGGCUGAGAUAAUAUAUCAGUGCUUAAAACCGUACCUACGUUGAUGCAUCUGACAAGAGGAUGACAACUGUUGUUCUACGAAAGUUUAGUCAGCUCGUAGUGUUUUUUUUAUAUAAUAAACAUAGGGUGAGAAAAAAUUUUG